AUGAGAAUUGGCGUUGGUGAGUGGAUUAUUGCAGUACAACUGGAUACACAAGACGCAGUACCACGUGUUGACCACUACGAGCUGGGCUAUCGUGAAAUUGGCGAUGUCGCCCGUCACCAGCUUGGAACAGUGAUCCCAAUCCGCUGGUGGUAUGAGCGACCACGGGGUAGCGAUAUCUGGUAUGAGCGGACCCAUAGAGCCGUUGUCAACGAGUUCGAAGCUGUAUUGCCACCCGUUGAUGAUACUGUCGUGGGGAAUGCACGUGCGGCAAGCGUGCAAUAUGCGUGGAAGGAGGGUGACCAGACGCUAGUUGUUCAAGCUGGUGACGGCAGCGUUGCUGAAGCGAACACAACGAAUGUACAAGGUGGAUGGGCGCUACAAGCGCCAGGGGGGCGGAGCCAUCACAUGGAUAUGAUGGCUUCAUAUGCAGCUUGGCUAGCGUUUGGUAAUUUCAUGCUUGUAGAUGAAGAGGGGGCAUUGAUUUUUGGCAAUACGCUGCGCUACCUCAAAUGCCGCGGUUACGAAGAUCAGCACCGACGUUGGAUACAGAACCAACAGCAGAGAGACGUAGCUCGACAAACAGUGCAAGACGGAGAAAUUGGGAUGAUUUACAACGGGAAAUGGUCAGAAUCGCUACGAAGAUUUUACUGGAGAGCUCGGUCCAAUGUACUACACACCAAUGCCGUCAAGAAUCGCUUUGAUAGUAGAUGGUCGGCUUCAUGCGCCACGUGCGGCGAAGUUGACACACAAGACCAUCGUUUUGGACUCAUUGAACCGGAGUGUGAAUACGUUCAGGAAUUGACCGCCAAGCUAACCACUUUGCAUCGCUCGCUAAUCUCCCAGGAGUGGGUACCGGAUCAAGAGAUUUUUGUACCUGCUAUAGCUCACGACAUAGGAACAUCGUGUGGCCUCGAGCAGCGGGGACCCUGGUGCGGAAAUGAACCUAGCAACUUUUUAUGGCUGACGAUGAUUCGAGCAGACAAUGGCAUGUGGUUAAACCCUCAAUGGCUUGACUGGUUAGGGGAUCCUGCCGCGUUUUCUAAAGACCUCAGAUUCCUCCAGCUCCUGGAAAGUGAAGCCGAACCGAAUCGACCAAGAGGAUCUCCGCGAUGCAUGAUACCUGUGGGGCUGAUAGAGGCGAUGAUAUCUACCUUCCUCGCUCUGAAGAAUGGUGGGAAAGUUUUCAGCGCAGCUAUGAAAGUCAGAGUGGGGAACCCUCACUGGUGUAUUGGGUCGUGA